GUCCUCAUUGACAUGAAGCCAGCUGGGGUCCUUCUGCUUUUGGUCAGCAUGGCCUUUUUGGUCCUCUGUGCAGAUGCUGUGAGCCAAGGAGGUUUUCAGGCUUUUUGCAAAAACUAUGAGAAAAAACUGGCUACAGAUGGAAAAUCUUGCCCAAAGAUUCAUAAACCUGUGUGUGGCACUGAUGGGCAAACUUACCCAAACCGCUGUGAACUCUGCAGAGCAGCCAUGGAAAGAAGUUCCAGAAAACUUGGUUUCAAACAUGAAGGAAAAUGUUGA